UCGAAUUAAACUACAGCAGGGGGAAUCGUCACAGGAAUCGAGAUACAGAGCUGGAAAUCCUGCUUCAAAACUGAGUUUCAGCUUCAAACUAAAAAUCCAAACAGAACUGGGAUCAUUAGCUUCACCAGUGAGAAUUCAGACACCAAAAAUUCAAGCUUUGGGAAUCCUACUGAAUAGCAGGAAACCGCAGCGUCUCAUAUUAACAGAAUGGUACUAAACACAGGAAUCCACCAGUUCCUGCUCCUGCUUAGCUGCCUGAGCUCCACAUGCACAUCAGCAGAAAUGCAUCCCAAAGUAUCAGGAUUGGUGACUCAGCGUGGGAGCGGGCUUGUCAAUGACGCAAUUCAGCGAGCACUUGAUCUUGUCAAUGCUGCGUAUAAAAGAUCAAGAGACAGGAGUAAAGCAAUGCUGGCCGAAGGCUUCAUUAGUGCCAGUGACCUGCUUGGCUUCUUCAAACAUCCAGUAGCAGAGACUCGCACAGCAGUGAGAGCAGCUGAGUUGAUGGAAACUGCCAUAGAACUCAUUCGGCAGAUGGUGUACACUCAGGAGAAGAUAUUCAUGAAUGUAACAGAUCUGCUCAGCAAGCUCGAUCUUCAGGUGCUGGCUGAGGCAACUGGUUGCACCAGUCAGUUGCGAUCGGUGACUUGCUCCAAUUCCUGUCUACUGAACAAAUAUCGAACCAUUACUGGCAUCUGCAAUAACAGACAGCAUUCCUGGUGGGGAGCAGCUAAUGUCCCGUAUACUCGAUGGUUACUGCCAGAGUACGAUGAUGGAUUCUCACUUCCGAAAGGAUGGGUCAAAAGCAAAGAAUAUAACAGGUUCCCCUUGCCACUGGCCAGGACAGUGUCUACUGCAAUCCUGUAUACUGGCAAUGAGAAUAUUUCUCUGGACAGCAGGUAUGCUCACAUACUGGUGGAGUGGGGACAAUGGAUUGACCAUGAUAUGGACCUGACACCACAAACUACCAGUUCUUCUUCCUUUUUUGAUAGCAGUGACUGCUCAUCGUCAUGUGACAACAGAGGCCCAUGCUUCCCAAUACAGAUCCCUGAUGAUGACCCACGUGCCUAUGAAAAUGAGAAAUGCAUGCCCUUCUUCCGUUCAGCUCCAGCAUGUGGGAGUGGCAAGUCUGGUGUCUUCUCCGGUCAGCUCCAUCCCAGGGAACAAAUGAACAGUAUCACUUCCUUUGUGGAUGCCAGCAUGGUUUACGGGAGCACAGACUCCCUGGCACGGAAACUGAGGAAUCUUACCAAUGAUCUCGGAUACCUAGCCGUGAACCAGGAAUACUCUGACAAUGGCCUGGCCUACCUACCCUUCAUGAGCAAGACACUUCAAAAUCCCUGUGAACUGACCAGAGACCAAUCUCUCAACACAAAAAGGUCAAAUGUUCCUUGUUUUCUGGCAGGAGAUUCCCGAGCAAAUGAACAUUUAGGGAUGCAGGUACUGCACACAAUCUUCUUAAGAGAGCACAAUCGAAUAGCCUCAGAAUUGCACCAACUAAAUCCACACUGGAGUGGAGAGAUUGUGUACCAGGAAGCACGGAAAAUAAUUGGAGCAUACCAUCAGGUUAUAAACUGGAAGGAAUAUAUACCUAAAAUUCUCGGGCCAGAUGCCACAAAGCAGCAGCUGCCUCCUUAUAAGGGUUACGAUGAAACAGUUGACCCUCGGAUUUCUAAUGUAUUUGCCACAGCAGCAUUUCGUUUUGCUCAUGUUACCAUCCACCCAACAGUGUUUCGACUAGAUGAAAAUUACAGAGAGAGCCCAGUCUACCCCAGCAUCUCUCUGCACAAGUCAUUCUUCUCUCCCUGGAGAAUUAUUGAAGAAGGAGGUAUUGACCCUAUCAUUCGAGGAAUUAUACUGAACUCUGCCAAGCUUCAAACACAAACACAGAUGAUGCCAGAAGAGCUGACAGAAAAAUUGUUUCAGCCCAAGGAAUCCUUAGCAUUGGACCUGGCAGCACUAAAUGUCCAGCGAGGGAGAGAUCAUGGACUACCAAGUUACAGUGCUUGGAGACAAUUCUGUGGACUACAGGAAGCCAGAAAUCUCUCUGAAUUGAUACAAAUAUUUAACAGCACAUUCUUGGCCAAGAAGCUCCUAUCAGUGUACAAGACACCUGCCAAUAUCGAUGUGUGGGUCGGUGCAAUAGCAGAGCCAUUACUGCCCAAAGCUCGGGUUGGAGAACUCCUGGCCUGCCUUCUCGGAAAACAAUUCCAAGUUUUGAGGGAUGGAGACAGGUUUUGGUGGGAAAGUGAUGGCAUGUUUACCAGCCAGCAGAGAGAAGAGCUGAGCAAAGUCACCCUGUCCAGAAUCAUAUGUGACAACACCAGGAUUCAGAGAAUUCCAGUGGAUGUCUUCUCACGCAAUGAAUAUCCCGAUGACUUUGUAUACUGUAACAGUUCGGCUAUUCCCUCACUCAAUCUGUCUCCAUGGAGAGAGAACGUCACUGAAACUCCUUGUGGAAAGGCUCCUAAAGCAGAAGGAGCACACUUCUUCUUUUGUAACACCUCCAUCCAUUUUGAAUGUUACAUGGGGCUUACACUCAUUGGACCUUCUUCGCUAACCUGUGACCUCCCGACUGGAGCAUGGAGCUCUACAGCACCUAUAUGCCAAGAUACCAUCUCAAAGAGUCCAAGCCUUAUCACAACGGUGGUCAUUGUCUGUGGCUGUGUUUUCAGCAUCAUUCUUAUGGUUUCCUGUUUCCAAAGAUAUCGGCAGAGGCACCAGGAUAGGGGUGAGACAGUGAUUAAAUGUGAAUUAUGCAUCAAAUACUUCUCAUCUGAUGAUACCAGACAAGGCACUAGCAUUGGACACAACACAAAAGCUAAUUCAGCAUCCACAUGACUCAGAAAUUCCAUUUGCUAAUUCAUUGCUGCACUAAUUCAUCAUAUAGACUUCCUUUCCUGCAAAACCUGUCUAUUCAAGGGCUACAGCUUUUUCCACGUGACCAUGAUACUGUCAGCCUGAAGCCACUGAAUCCCAGAACCAAGUAUUCUGAGAACCUAUUUCAUCCUCCCCUUUAUUGGAACCUCCAGUCACUUCCUGACAGAUAUCUAUUAUAACUCCAGAAGAUGAAACCACUUGAGGUUGUGCAGACUAAAAAAAAAAUGU